UCUCCCUUAGCCCUGCCUUCUCCCUCAGAGCCCCUGCCCAAGACACCCGUGACCCUGCCUCUCUUUCCCCUAGAACAAGUACCACAGUCAUUAACCCAUGACAGUCUCAGAGGGAGCCCCGUGAAUCAUCGAGGCUCUGAGGAACAAAGGACCAGAAGAGAGGACCAGCCUUCUGGCAACUCUGCACCAGACCUGACCCUGCCGGGACAGGGCCUGCAGUUGUGAAUGAGACGUUCGGAGCCCAGGACAUGUCGGGAUUGAGGAGAUACGAGGUGGCGCUGGAGGCGGAGGAGGAGAUCUACUGGGGUUGCUUCUACUUUUUCCCCUGGCUGCGCAUGUGGCGGAGGGACAGGAGCUCGGCGCAUCCGCGGGAGCAGAAGUUGGAGCCUCUGCGAGGCCUGAUGAGCUGUCUGUCAAGCGGACUGGGCCCUGCCCCCCAGCGCUCGGGUCGCGGCCUUCCUCGCCGCACCCCCGCCGCCACUGCCCAGCCAGCCGGUGCAUUAAAGAUUUAAACCGAA